AAAAUUUAAGAUUUAAAAUUUUUAAAAUUUUUACUAGCCACUACAGCAUUUUUUCCGCGUCUUCGCAGCAAUCGUCGAGCCGCAGUAGUUAACUUUUGCCCAGUGCGUGCACGGAACUAACAACAAUUACGUAUCAGCAGCAGCAGCAUCGUAGGGGCCAAGAGCAGAAGCAACGAAAAAGAAAGAUCUAAAAAUAUUUUAAUCGUCGUACUCGAAUAUUUUUAUUUCGCGAAACGCGAAUAGACAGAGCUUUAAAUUGACAAAACAACGCAUUAAUAAACGCUAAAAUGGUAUUAAAAGUCUACGUCAGCGGCAUGUCCGGCAACAAGGAGGUUAAGAAGCGCCAACAGCGCGUCCUGAUGAUCCUCGACAGCAAGAACAUCCAGUAUGACACCGUGGAUAUCACAGAGCCUGGAAAGGAGGGAGAGAAGGAGAUGAUGCAGAACAAAUCGACCAGCAAUGGCGGCACAGUCUCCGACCCCGAUCCCCGGCACCCGCUCCCUCCGCAGAUCUUCAACGAUGCGGACUACUGCGGCGACUACGACGCCUUCGACAUGGCCAACGAGAUCGACACCCUGGAGGUGUUCCUUAAGCUGGCUCCCGCCGACACCACGGCCGUGAGCAGUGCCCAGAUCGAGCUUAAGCAGGAGAACGGCGAUGCCAAGAAGGAGGAGGAUGGCGAAAAGGAGGCGACAGAAAAGGAUGAGGCGGCACCCGCGGAGGAGGCUGCUUCAGAAGCCAAUGGCGAGGCGGGGGAGAAGGCAGAGAAGAAAGACGAAGAAGAAGCAGAGACGACAAGCGAGGAGAAGGAGAAGGACGAGUGUGAAGGUGCAGACGCCAAGGAAGAGAAUGGCGAGGAAAAGACUGAAACCGAAGCUGAGAAAGAGCCAGCGAAGGAGGACUCGACAGGUAAUGAAUCGAAGGAGGAUGAAACUGAGAAACCGGCGGGAGAACAAGAAGGUGAAAAGGGCACCGAAAAGCCAGAGGAGGAAGCCGAUGAGAAGACCAAGGCUGAUGAAGAGGCUGAUAAGGCAGAAGAAAAGCCUUUGGAAGAAGAGGAAGCGAAGGAGAUAGUUGAAGAGGCUGGUGGGGACAAAGUAAAGAAGAAACUGACAAAGAAGACGAUAAGGAGAAUGAAGAAGAUGACGGAAGAGGAGAAGGAAGCUGUGGCGGAAAAGGAGACUCAGGAAGAAAUCAAAAAAGAGGACGAAGCAGAGCCGAAAGAGCUCAACAAAGAAGAAGGUAAAAAGGAGGACGAAGAAUCUGAUGAACAAAUAGCAGAGACGGAAAAAGAGGCCGAAGAAAAUGGUGAGGGAGAAGAAGCAAAGACGGAGGAAGAAGUGGCUGAAACGGAAACCAGCAAAGCAGAAGAAGAAGUCGCCUCCGAAACGGUUGAGACCGAAGAUGCUGAAAAGGUGACGGAGAAAGCAGAUGAAACAGAAGAAGAAGCCGCCACCGAAACAGUCGCAACCGAAGAUGCUGAAGAGGAGACGGAAAAGAAGGAAAGCGCUGAUCCAGAGCCCAAAGAGGAAACAGAAGAUGGCAGCAGUAAACCAAAGGCUGCUGAAGGUGAUGACAAGGCAGACGCGUCCUCCUCCGGGGAGGAAGAGAGCGAGACGGAGGAAUAGCUGUAAACUACCGCAAAA